AUGCUAAGAAGAUGUCUUGAGCUUUUACCAAAAAAUGUCCGAUUUAAUUCUAAGUUCACUGAUAUAAAUUUACGAAGCCUAGAUUUGGCGGAUUUUAUAGAUACGAAGAAUAGAGGUAUCAAUGUCCUUCCGUCGAACAGAGGUGAAGCUACUAGUUCACCUAAUGCAACCAACUCCAAAGAAGCCAGGCUUCUUUCAAAAACGCUUCAGGGCCGGUCACACCGUGAUCAACUAGAGCUGAACCCUGAUGUGUGCAAAGUUAUCAAUAAUAAUAUAAUGGCCCUGCAUAUUCCGAAUAAUCUAAGAAGAGUUGCCACAAAUUAUUACAAAGAGAUUCAGGAACCAAACUCAUUACACCGACCUUGUAGAACUAAAAUGGAGGUUGACGCUCAUAUAGCUUCUAUUUUUUUACAAAAUUACGGUUCGGUCUUCCAAAGUCUGAAAGAACUACAGAAAAGGGUAGGUAGUGAGAAUUUCAACCCUCGGAGGGUCCUUGAUGUUGGAUUUGGUCCGGCUGCAGGUAUAGUUGCGCUGAAUGAUAUUCUGGGCCCAAACUACAGACCAGAAGCGAAAGAUGCAGUUAUCCUAGGUAACACUGAAAUGCAAAAAAGAGCAAAAAUUAUUUUAAGCAGGCAACUCAACGAAGUGGUCGAUGCUGUAGAAUUAAAUCAGUCUAUAGAGGAAGAAGUGGAAACGAUUGAAGGGGACGAUACCUUUCAAGAAGAUGAACUUAUUGGAGAAGUAAUGACGAAAAAAAUAAACAUCAUGACCGACUUGCGAUCUUCCAUUCCCGGAUCUAAGGAAUACGACCUAAUUAUAUUGACGCAUCAACUCCUUCAUGAUAAAAAUCAGUUUCCAAUUCAGGUUGAUGAAAAUGUGGAGUACUAUUUAAAAAUGUUAGCGCCAGGGGGGCAUAUCGUUAUUAUUGAACGAGGCAACCCAAUGGGAUUCGAGGUUAUCGCCAGAGCAAGACAAGUUAUGCUUAGACCUGAAAACUUCUUAGAAGAGUUCGGCAAGAUACCGAGACCUUGGUUAAGAGGAAUGACAGUUGGAGACAAAAAUGACGCGCAGUUAACUAACAAUCCAAGUAAUUAUUUUUUAAAGGUGAUUGCUCCUUGUUCACACCAAAGAAAGUGUCCUCUACAGGUUGGAAAUCCUAACUUUUACACUCAUAAGGAAGGUAAAGACUUGAAAUUCUGCAAUUUUCAGAAAAGCAUCAAGAGACCCAAGUUUAGUAUAGAACUAAAGAAGGGCGGACUUCUGGCUACAUCCUGGGACGGUUCUCAAGGAAGUACAUCUAGAUUAAGAGGUACAGGAAGGAGAAAUGGUCGAGACUAUGAAGUUUUAAAUUAUACUUAUUUGAUUCUUGAAAGAUCAAAUAAGGAUGAAAAAACAUUGAAGGAAAUCAAGAAAUUACGCGAUGAAAAUGUCAAUGGAAAAUAUCAAAUUGGUUCAUUGGGUGAUGAUACGCAAAAUUCCUGGCCAAGAAUCAUUAAUGAUCCUACCAAACGUAAAGGUCAUGUAAUGAUGGAUUUGUGUGCACCAUCAGGUGAGCUUGAAAAAUGGACUAUUUCUCGGUCCUUUUCCAAACAAUUAUACCAUGAUGCUAGAAAGAGUAAGAAAGGAGAUUUAUGGGCAUCGGGGGCCAAAACGCAGAUUAAAGGAUUGGGUGAUUUGAACGUUAAGAAGUUCCAGAAGCUAGAGAAAGAAAGAAUCAAGCAAUUAAAAAAGGAAGAACGUCAAAAAGCUAGGAAGGUUAUGGAAUCUUAUAACGAAUUGGAGGAGUCUCUUCAGUUUGAUAAUCGUCAGUUCUCAAACGUUGAGGUAAUGAAGGAGAUGUCUGCUUUUCAUGGUCACCAUUUUCUACAACAUGUAAAUAAAAAGUGA